UGUCUUUGUGUCUAUAGAGUUGCCCAUCUGUCUCUCUCUCUGGAUCUACAGACAGCUUCACUGUCAGUUCUCGUCCCAAUUUUGAUGAGGUAGUGAAGUCUGUCUCUCAGCUCAGAAAUAAACUGCAGCAGUUCUGCACAGAUGAAAUAGAAAUGUUAUCUAAAACAGUGAAAACCGUCCAGGUCAUUGUCCCGAGUCAUCAGCUUACGACUAGGAAGGAGUUCCUACAAUAUUCCCAUCUGUUAACUCUGGAUCUGAACUCAGUGAAUUAUUGGCUCCGUCUGUUUGAAGAAAACACAGUGAUCACUUACUCUGACACACGUCUGCCGUAUCCUGAUCAUCCAGACCGAUUUGAUUCUUGGACCAUGGCGCUGUGUAGGGAGAGUGUGACUGGACAAUGUUACUGGGAGGUGGAGUGGGCUGGUGUUGGGGGAUCAGGAGUAGAUAUAGGAGUGAUGUAUAAGAGCAUCAGCAGGAAGGGAAAUGGUCCUGAGAGUGCAGUUGGAUGUAACAAUCAGUCCUGGAGGUCUCCAGACUACUGCUCAUUCUGGCACAGUAACAUAGAGACUAAACUUUCUGCAGUGUCCAGCAGAAGAAUAGGAGUGUAUGUGGAUCACAGCGCAGGUUUUUUUUUCCUUCUACAGGAAGGAAAAAACUGA